AUGGCCGAAGAAUCUACCCCACCACCAACGGUAGCGCCGCCGCCGCCGCCGCAACCAUCAGUUGAGCAAGCUCCACCUUCUCCAUCCAUAGAGAAAGAUAAAGAAGACUUGCCACCCCCACCGCCACAAGCACCUGCAACAGCGCCAGAACCAGUUGAAGAAGCUGAAUCACCGCCAGUAAAAGAGAAGGAAGAGUUACCAACACAACCAUCACCGCCGGAACAAAAGGAUUCUAGAUCAUCAUCAUUGGCGUCGAUGAUGGAGAAAGAAGAGUCAUUUUCACCACCGCCGCCCGAGGAGAAAACCGAGGUAACUGAAAAAUCAGUUGCUACUAAAGAAGAGGUUAUUGUUGUUGCUGACAGCGGGAAAGAGAAGCAAGUGAAGGAGCAGAAGAUCCCUCAAACUUUAGUUUCUUUCAAGGAAGAGAGUAACGUAGUGGCUGAUCUCUCUGAUAUUGAGAGAAAAGCUUUGGAAGAGCUGAAACAGUUAGUUCAAGAAGCUCUCAACACUCACCAGUUUAGCAGUACUCCAUCAAAAAAAGAAGAAAAACAAAGUGUCAGUGUUAUUCAAGAAACUCCCAAAACUGAAGCACCCCUUUCAGACUCUGAUGUUAGCACUGAGAUUAAACCACCAGCAGAGACUCUAGAAUCUAAAGCUGAAGAAUCACUAGAAGUGACCAAAGAAGAGCAAAAGGUUGCAUCUUCACCAGGGGAAGUCACUAUAUGGGGGAUUCCUCUUUUGAAAGAUGAUAGAAGUGAUGUGGUUCUCUUGAAGUUCUUGAGGGCAAGGGAUUUUAAGGUGAGAGAUGCAUUUGUAAUGAUCAAGAACACAAUUCAAUGGAGGAGGGACUUCAAAAUUGAUCAGCUUCUUGAUGAAGAUCUAGGUGAUGAUUUGGAGAAAGUUGUUUUUAUGCAUGGUUAUGAUAGAGAAGGGCAUCCUGUGUGUUACAAUGUGUAUGGUGAGUUUCAAAAUAAAGAUUUGUAUCAGAAGACAUUCUCUGAUGAAGAGAAAAGAUCGAAGUUUUUGAGGUGGCGGAUUCAGUUUUUGGAGAAGAGUAUCAGGAAGCUUGAUUUUAGUCCUAGUGGUAUUUCUACUAUCUUUCAGGUUAAUGAUCUCAAGAACUCUCCGGGACCUGGAAAGAGAGAGCUUAGGUUGGCUACUAGACAGGCUCUCCUUUCGCUUCAGGACAAUUACCCUGAGUUUGUUGCCAAACAGGUAGAUGUUCAUUACUCCUUGCUUUCUUGA